AUGGUUCGUUACAGUAAAUUGCCCUUUCGAGAAUUAGUGCGAAGAUACAAUUGUGAUAUUGUUUAUACGCCCAUGAUUCUUGCCAAUGUUUUCUCUGCUAGCAACUAUGCUCGCGAUAGUGAGUUCUCAACAAACUUAUUGGACGACCCCGUCGUCAUUCAGUUUGCAGCUUCUAAUGGUGUGGAUCUUGCCAACGCUGCAGAGUUAGUUUCUCCUUAUGUCUCGGGUAUUGAUAUCAAUUGCGGUUGUCCCCAGAAAUGGGCUAUCCAAGAAAAAAUUGGUUCCCAUCUCAUGUCCGAUCCGGAAACUGUCAGAGAUAUGAUCCGGAUGACAAAGGCUCGCGUGAAUGUCCCCUGUUCCAUUAAAAUCAGAAUUCAUAAAGAUCUGCGAGAAACAGAGGAGUUUGUUAAAAGGGCACUUUCAGUGGGCGUAGAUUUCAUCACAGUUCAUGGAAGGACCAGGAGACAAAAAUCAACAGAACCCGUCAACUUGGAGGGCAUGAAAUUAGUCAAAGAGGUCUCCACUGUACCUGUCAUUGCCAAUGGAGAUGUCUUUUCUGUUGCAGAUGCCAAUCAGAUUGUCGAGGCAACAAACGUCGAUGGUACAAUGUCAGCACGCGGUAUCCUCGAAAACCCUGCGUUAUUUGCAGGAUAUGAUGUCACACCAUGGGAAUGCGUUGAAGAUUAUGUAGAUUUGGCGUUAUCCUAUGGUACCAACGCGUUUAUUUUCCAUCAUCAUCUCAUGUUCAUGCUUGAAAAAUCCAUGAGCAACGCCGAACGGCGAACAUUCAAUUCCUUAACGACAACGCCAGCUGUUAUUGAUUAUCUGGAGGAGUAUUAUGGAUUGGACAUCGUACGUCGACGGGUAGAACGUGCAGAGCAGAAAAUCAAGACAUUCCAGCUCUAA